CCUUUUGCAUAGAAUAUAUCAUUUUACUACAUUAUGCAAAAGGAAAAAAAAGCGAUUCAGUUUAGAUCUAGUGUGUUGUGUGAAAGCCUCUGUGACUGUGCCCCGCCGAGCUUUGCCGAGUCCUGUACAGUCACAGUGUAGAACGGUUGGUUAGACUAGACUACCUUUAUGUCGAUUUUUCUAUUCAUAUGCACGAUUUGUAACUUUAACUCGCAUAAAACUGUAGUAAUUAGCAUUAAAUCUAGAUCCAUAUAGAUCUACCUAGCUAAUCACGCCAAACUUCGACUUUUUUGUUAGCGAAUAUUGUAGGUGUAAAUAUCACACUACAAAGAUUUAUGUGUUCACCGCUAAGCAUUAGACCUACGAGGUCUAUUUACACACCGAUAUUGUAAAAUGGAAGGACUACGAGUUUCAACACGGUACUCCCAAACCAUAGUUUCACUAAGCCAGUACAACAAUGUUCGCUUUUAGUGGGAAGCGACCUUCUCAGGGCGCUAAAUACAAGUAAUAUAUCCUAGACAUCAUUUAAACAUUGAAUAUAUAUAUAUAUAUAUAUAUAUAUACACAACAUAACUUACACCUUAAAUACAAGAUACAGAAGUGAAUGUUCAUCAGAAUUCAGUCCAUGUAACAAGCCAGCGCAUAAAUACCUGAUGAAUGAACUGGUCGAUGGAAGAAGAAAGAAGUCGUCUUUCACGGGAGCACAACACCUCUAGUGAUUUGCAGAGUUCUCAAAGUGACAAACAGCCAUUGCUUAAUUCCUCUAAUUCCUCAUCAGCAAAUCUUCCUGGCAAAAGUAAUGCUGCCAGAGAUACAUCAUCCAGUUGGCAGCGACAGGGCAGUCCUGAUGAUGUAGCUAAAACUUUUCCAUCGUCUCCUGCUUCUGUUUCUUUAGAUCCACAAUCAUCUAACUUACCACAGGAAAAAAAUCCCACUCAUGGUAGCGAUUCAGCCUCCUCAUGUAAUUUGCUUUCCCCGUCAUCGCUUCCCCAGACCCAUAAAUCAGUUAAUAAAGAGCUAGCGAUAUCAUCUUCCUCAUUACACACACAGUUGAACCAAUAUGGCAAACAUCAUGGACAUGAGCUCAUUGAGCCAACUGAUUUGGAACUUGGGUCAGAUCUAAGUGAGUUGGGAAAGAGCACUAACUACUUGCUUCCUCAUACAACACAUUAUUCUGGCUACACACCUGCACCUGGUGUGCCAUCUGAAAUAAAAAGAGCUAGAGGUCGGCCAAGAAAGGAAAGACUCAGUUCAGCUUCAAGACAGGCCAGCACAAGAGGAGUAUCUGGAAAAGAUCAAGCUCAUUCAUUUGCUAGUAGAGGUCUAAGAAGAGCAGUUGGUAGAAAUAUUCGACGAGGAGGCAACCGUGGUAGUAGGCAAGGAAGAGGACACACACGCUAUUCUGAGGCCUUGUCAGUUCUUUCAGAAAGACAUUCUCCUAGAAAUUUACUCUCUCCUACUCAAUUUUUGCUCAAUCGGUUGUCACCUGCCACUAAAUCAGGUGCUCAGCGUCCACCUGGAAUGUCUGACUCUAUGAAACAAUCAAUUAAUGCACCACCAUUUUCUGGACAAGAUGGAAAUAGCAACGAUGGAUUAUCUCCUACACAAGGAACAUGUUCAGGAUCUUCAGAAAUUGUGGUCACCCCAGAAAGUCAAAUCUCUGGUCAUUUGUGUGCAUUAUGCAAUUGUGGAGAACGAAGUCUGUUGGGUCAAGGAGACAUGUGGAGGUUUGAACCAAGUCUAGACUUUGAUGUUUUCAAACAGCCUGAGCCAAAAUCAUUAAGGGAAAGUGAGGAUGUGGAUACGGGAGGAAAAAAUAAAGGUCCUCAGCCUACAACAUGGAGGAGAUCCAGAGGUCCUUUGAAAACAGGAAGAGAGAGAAGUCGAUCACCUAGGCAAAGUACAGGUGAGGAAGACACAAGUAGCUGUCAUAACAGUGAUGAGUUAGCUUUAGUUGGAUUUCAUGACGAUACUGAAUUAUCUCAGCUAUUUGAACCAAAUGGCCAAGUUUGGGUCCAUCACUAUUGCGCAAUGUGGUCAGAAGGAGUCCAUGUAACAGAUGCUCAGCUCCAAGAUGUGGACAAGGCUGUAUACAAUGCUCUCUCACAUAGAUGCUCUUAUUGUCGAAAGUUUGGAGCUUCUAUAUUGUGCUGUGUACCAGAUUGUGGGAAAAGAUUUCAUUUUCCUUGUGCAUCAGCUGGUGGAUGUUUUCAGGAUGCCAAAACUGUGUCUCUGUUGUGUCCUGAACAUAUAGAUCAAGCUGAAGAUAGAGCUGGUGAGGCCACUACUUGUAUCCAAUGUGGAGAUGUUGGCAGUAUCAGAGAUCUACUGUUUUGUACUAGCUGUGGUCAUCAUUACCAUGGAAGCUGCUUUAGCCCACCUGUAGAUAUGAAGCCUAUAGUUAGAGCUGGAUGGCAGUGUCCUAACUGUAAAAUAUGUCAAACUUGUCGCACUGCUAGUGAUGAGAGUAAAAUGCUUGUUUGUGAUAAGUGUGAUAAAGGCUACCAUACCUUCUGUCUCAAACCUGCAAUGACUACAAUACCUAAGAAUGGUUGGAAAUGUAAAAACUGCAGAGUCUGCACAGAUUGUGAGUCUAGAACACCAGGCAGUGGUCCUUCAUCACGUUGGCAUUUAAACUACUCAGUCUGUGACUCCUGUUAUCAGCAGCGUAACAAGGGUUUAUGUUGUCCUUUGUGUGGCAAAGCUUACCGCCAUUUUCACAAUAAGACUAUGCUUCCAUGCAUGCAAUGUAAAAAAUUUGUGCAUAUUGAGUGUGAUCCUACUUUAAACCUAGAAUCUAUGUCAAAGUUGAAAGAUUUACCCCAAGAUUAUAUAUGUACAGUUUGUAGGGAAACAGAUCCUGAUGCCCAGAUGUCAGAGCCCAUUCCGUCCACUGUGUCAGAAGAAUCAAUGGAAAGUUAUACAACUGAUAAUGAAAUGGUAUUAAACAAUGACCCCAUGCUCACUGAGGCAGCAAUUAUAGGGCCUAGUGGAGCAACUGGUGGAUUGACUGCUUCAAGUUCUCAGGAUUCUCUCUUUAUGUAUGAUGAUUCCAGUUCUAGUUUUGAUGUAGAAACACCUUCCGAUAAGAGCAUCAUGUCCCCAUUACAUCGGCGUGAAAGUUCAAAGAAAAACAGACAAAAGAAUAAGCAUAGCUCAGAGAGACACCAUCACCACCAUCAUCAACAGCAGCAGCAGACCCCACAACCACUAUUUCAAUCCCAGAGUCUGAGCGAGAAACGUCGAGGUCCAAAGAUUAAAGUUAAAAUUGGUGGCCAGGUGAUGGGGAUCACAACUUUAGAGGCCCCCAGCAGUCCUAUCUCCCACCAUUCUCUGUCUCAAACAUUUUCACUCAGUUCACCUGCUUACUCUGCCCAGUCCAUGGAUGGUCUAAUAGAAGAAAAAGAAAAAGAUAAGGACAAAGAGAAAGAUGAUGAUGAUGAUGAUGGAGAUGACCAUCCUUCGACUCUCAUCUUAGCUGAUGCUUCAGAUUUGUUCAUUAUGGACCAGGAUAUGUGUAAAGCUUGUGGUUCAUUUGGUAAAGAUGGAGAGUCUAAAAUGAUAGUGUGUACACAGUGUGGUCAGUGCUACCAUCCUUACUGUGUCUCUGUCACUGUCACAAAGGUUAUGCUUCAGAAAGGCUGGCGUUGUUUAGACUGCACUGUGUGUGAAGGCUGUGGUGGGCCAUAUGAUGAAGGCCGACUCCUUCUUUGUGAUGAUUGUGAUAUUAGCUAUCAUACUUACUGUCUUGACCCGCCUCUGGAGACUGUGCCCAAAGGAAACUGGAAGUGUAAAUGGUGUGUGCAGUGUGUAAAUUGUGGUAGCACAUCUCCUGGCUUUGCAUGCCAGUGGAUGAACAACUAUACACAGUGUGGCCCCUGUCACAGUAAGAUGUAUUGUCCAGUUUGCUUUGAUAGUUACCUAACUGACCAGCUCAUUAUACAAUGCCAGCAAUGUGACAGAUGGCUACAUUGUGAAUGUGAUGGGCUACAUGGUGAGGAUGAAGCAGAACUGGCAGCAGACUAUGGCUAUAACUGCACAUUCUGUAGACCAAAGACUGGCAAGGAAGGACCAUUGCCCCCUCCACCUCCCCCUCCAUCCCCACCUAAAGCUGAACGAGCCCCAACACCUCCAUCAGCACCCAUUGUUCAACCUGUGGCGGAGCCACCCAGACAGUUUUUUGUGGAUGGUGUUUACCUGUUUGCCAGUGGAUUGAAUCAGAUCAAGCAAAGAUUGCAGGUGACCAAUCCAAAAAAGUUGAAGCCCACACAACAGAGAAGAGCAUCACAACUUGAGGAGCCAGAAGAUUCUAUAUUGUCUGGCACUAUGGAUCAAGGCCAGGAUGAAAUAGGAGAGGAUGGAGUCAAGAAAAGAAAGCCACGCAGAGUGUUUGGUUUAGGUGUCGGUGGAUUUAUUGUUAGACAGAGAUCUCGUCAAUGGUUAGCUAAGCGACAAGCAUCAUAUGAGGAACAGGAAGAUCCUGACAAAGAACCAGCUGGAGAGAAAGUGGAGAAACCAAAGCGUAGAAGAAAAGUGAAAAAAUCCAAGUUAGAGGAGGCAUUCCCUUUUUAUAUGCAGGAAGCAUUUUUUGGGAAAGGUAUCUUGGACCAAACUCAGGAAACAACCAAAGGACUGCUAAAGAAUGAAUCAGAUUCUGAGCCGGAUCGAUCUAGUCCUGUCAAAAUGUUACCAGUUACUGAUGUUUGCAGUGUAAAAUUAGUCAACUCUGAUACUGAGUCAUCAACCCCUGCUCCAACUGCAGCUGCUGGCCCUGUACCCAGACCCCACACCUCAAUGUCUGGCUCUGAACAAGGUGAAGACAUUCACAGUCUGGAUGACCUGAAGGAGAUCAUGAAUGAAGACUUGUUUAGUCUGAUCCAUGAUGAGCUGAAGGAUGAAGGGUUAUCAUUAGAUGGCAUGGAUUCUGUGACCACCAAAGACCCGGUGUCCAGUAAAACAAGUGAGAUACCAGACAAUAUAGCCCAUAUGUUAUCCACAGUUGACAAACUAGACAUGGCACACAUUAUUACAGAAGAACUGGCUAACUUUGACAGUAAAACUGUUGAAGAUAUCUUCAGUGGGGUGUUAUCAGAGUCCCAUCCCAAUUCUCAGACAGAUGCCAAUACACCAUCAGACCAAUUUAAUAUGUCAAUACCAUCUGGAAUACCUGGACCAGGUUUGACCUCAACUCAUCGACCAAGCCCACACCCUGGUAUAUCUUCUGCACCAUUAGGUAUGAGAGGACCCAUGGGACCUCAACCAGGGACUUCAGGGCUACCCCCCUUUGGAAUGCCUUUCACCCAAAAUUUUCAACAACCAAUGAACCAGAGGUUUUCUCCUGGCAUUGGUCCUGCUGGUCCCUCAAUGGCUCCCAACUCACUUCCUCCAUGGAGCAUGAGCGAUGAGGAUGUUGGAGACAGCAACAAGAGAACAAUCAUGAAAUGGGAACAGGAGGAGGAGAUGGGUGACCAGGCCACAAUCUCUUGUGUGCUUUAUGUCAACAUGUGUCACCCUGACCUCAAGCAGAAGUACCCUGACUGGUCAGAACGGUGUAAACAGAUUGCCAAAUUGUGGAGGAAAUUAACUCCUGAAGAAAAAGCUCCAUACUUGUCAAAAGCACGUAAAAAUCGUACAAGUAGCAGAGUCCAGAAAGCUCAAAAGAAAAAAGCUGCCUUAAAGUCCAAAAAUCAGGUUAGUCAAGAACUUCAGAGGCGGCAUGAGAUUCAGAAACAGCAGGACAGUGAGGCCAUGCCUCCACCCCCUGCUCCACCUCCUUUAGCCAAUGCUGAACAUUACAUGGAUGGGUCUAGCCCAGUCAUGAGUCCUCAUCCAGGUCCUAGCCAUUACCAAAGACUGUCAUGGCAAGAUGAAAGCAAGGCACCUGGAACAUCUUCAACACCUGACCAUCCAGGUAUACAGUCUGACCAGGUUUUCUCACCUCCUUCUGGCAGUCUGAUGACAGACCCCUAUGCCUUUCCAGCACCUACCCCAUCAGAUCCAUUUUCUCAGGGGCAGGUGCGCCCACCACUUGUCAGGCCACAUAGGUUGCCUAGUGUACAUGCCUUUGGAGCGUCUAGUCCAAGAGAAGAUGAGGGUCUGUUCACAGCUCCAGGCAUGGGUCAACGAGUCAGACCUGGUUCUGAUAUGUUUACUCAGGGAUCACCAACACCUGGACAAGAAAUGUUUAUGGGAGGACCAAGACGAAUACAAGGUCCAAGACUGAAUAUGCCAGUCACAGUUGAUGCUUCAAAUCCUCUUGGUGACUCCAACCAGCCUCGACCACCAGGAGAUCCUUACUCUUUUCCACCAAGCACUCCUCAGACUCCAGUGCAGCAAGAUGAUCCCUUUAUGCCCUCUGGCCCACUGACACCAGAUCCCUUUCAUCCAGCGCGACAGAGAGGAGACAUGUUCCCAAUGGGCUCUCCCCAGAUGAGACCUCCUUUGACACCAACAUCUCAUAUGACAGAGCCAGGGCAACCCUAUCCAGGCUCUCCAAUUAGAAUGCCAGACUUUAGACAUCCACUGGCCAGGUCCAACAGCCUUCCUGAUCCUUACAGCAUGCCUCUUGGAACUCCCAGGCCCCAAAUGGACCCAUCCAUGUCUCAUAGUGAUAUGGGACAAGACUCCAUACCCAUGUACAGGGGAAACAGAAUGCCCAUGCAGAUGCCUGAGCAUCAGAGGCCUCUUGAGUCAGCCCUCAGGCGUAACAAACUAUUACCACGGUCGCCAUGGGCUUUCCCUUUCAUGCUUAACUACCCGGAUGGAGGAGAGAACCCUGGCAACAUUCACCAUCAGCAGCUUAGAGUUAUAUUGGGUCAACAGACCAAACAACGAAUGGCCAAGAAACAAGAAGAGGCUGAGCGAAUGAUGACAGGGCCCCCAACAGGAUGGCCAGAUGGACCAGAAGUUCUAGAAGGAUUCCCACCCAGACCUCCUUUCCGUGGCCCUUCACCUCAAGGUUUCAUGAGGGGUACACAUCCAAGCAUGGCUCCUCAAGGCCCACGACCUCCUUUCUAUCCAGGGUUUAUGCAGAGGCCACCAAUGCCAGAAACUUAUGGUACUCCACCUCAAGAAGGUAUAAUGACAGAUCAGCGCAGCCAGUACUUACAGAUGCUUCAAGAAAGAAUAUCUGAAUCAGGUAGUGUCCCGAGUGCAUCACAUCUGCCAGCACAGCAUGUGAAUGUAAUGCCCUACUCACCAGCUCCCCAACCAGCACCUAGUUUACCUCCCGCUCCAGAGCCUCAUGCCAACAUAGCCAGGCAUUUGCCUGCACCAGCACAGCAGCCAGCUGCAGAGGAGGAGAUCUUUACCAGUACAGAAACCUCUCAGGCUAGCACUUCAACCAAAGCCAAUGUUCCAGAUGAUGGUACUACUGUAGAAACUGAUACCCUGUUGGAAGGAAUUGCUGAGAAGACUGCUAAACCCUCCCUAUCCUCUGAAGAAGAUAAAAAUGAAGAUGAUGACCUGCUUAGUGCAGAUGGAACUUUUGACAUUCUUAAAUAUGCUGAUCCAGACCUUGACCUUGAUUUGGAUGAUAAAAUGUUUGAACACCUGGACUUCAUUGAUGAGAGUCACACAGGAGACGCCAAGAAAUCUGAAGAUGAACUGAAAGAGGAAACUAAGGAUGGUAAAGAUCUUGAUGGAAUAAAAGCCAGAAAUGCAGCAGCCUCAGACUUUCAAGCUCAGUUCUUGGAAUUCAAUCAGAGACACAAGACAGAAACCAAGUCAGAACAAGAUGCAGCCGCUGAAGAAAAAGAAAAGGAAACUGAAGUUGGACAGAUUGCUGCAAUGUUACAAGGAACUGAAUCUUUAACUGCUAGUUCCUCUGUUCAAGAUAUGAAGCCAAGUGGUUUGGAUUCAUCCAUAUCACUAAAUAGACCUGCUGCUUUUCUACAGAACUUAGCCUCUCCACAUAUGCAAAUGUCUCCGAAUCAGGGGCCAGCCCAAACUGGGUCAUCAGGCCUUCCAUCACCCAAGAUAAUCCAUUCUCCUCGAAGUGGACAGCCUUCACCCCGCACUCCAGGCAUCCAGUCACCUUUUAACACACUGCUGAGUGGACGUCAUUCUGCUUCACCACAUAGCCAACCCAUGACACCAGCUGGACCACAAUUGUCUCCUUUCUCAGCAGGCAGUGUCCAAAUUCCAUUCAGCCCUCCAUCAUCAGCUAGUCAGCAAGCAUAUGGCCAGGGCCCAGGUUCAGCGCCACAUUCACCUUACCCAACAACAGGACAAGCUCCAUUUGGAAACAUGUCAUCACCUGGUCCACCUCAUAUGAUGUCACCUGGUUAUCCACCAAGUGGUAUGGGCCCUAGACCAGGAGGCUACAAUCAAAUGGGGCAUCCAGCAGCUCCAAGAAUGCCGCCAAUGUAUGGACAACCCCCUCAUGGAAUGAGGGGUCAUGAUGGGCAGCCUGGUAGGUUUCCUAGACCUUUAGAUCAAGGAAUGGAAGGUAUAGAAGGUCUAGGGCCCCGCAUGCCACAACCGAUGUCCAUGCAAGAUGGACGUCCUCAUCCCAUGUACCAGAAUAUGCAGCCUAGAAGUAUGAGAGGUCCACCACCUCCUUCUUCAAACCAUCCUGGCAUGUCUCAGAUGGGAAUACCUCAUCAGCGUCACCAGUUUCCUGGCCAGCCUCCAAGGUUGUCACAUUCACCUCAGGUCAGAGGAAUGUCUGCUAGGCAGCCAGGUCCACCUUUUCCAGGUGGUCCACCAGGAGCUCCACAAAAUACAUUGCUUGAUGAAUUGCUUGAACAGGAGAAAGAAGAACAGAAACGUCAAGCAGAGCAGCAGGCUUUGAUGCAUAGACGAGAUGGAGAGCAAGGUAUGCCUAGUAUGUCCCCUGGGAUUUCUGCUGGGGUACCUCCAGUCUCAGGGCUUGGACCAACUGUGCACAAUAUAGGAGGAAUGCAGAUGAGAAUGGAUCACCCUGGCCUGCGUAUGCCUGGUCCAGGGGAUGGAAGUGGUGUCUGGAAUGCUCCACCAGAGGGCUCUCCAUUCCAGCAAGGUUUUUCACCUCGUUUGAUGCACCCUGGAAUGGCCCAGCGGUCACCUGUGCCUUUCCCAGGUCCAGCAGACAUUAGAGCACCUGGUCCUAGCAGCAGUGGAUUGCCUCCAGGACAGCAGAUGCCCAUAGGGCCUCCUACACCUGUCAGUCCACCAACUGGUGAUAUGGGUCCAGACUAUGAAAGACAGGCAGCACAGUAUGAAGAGUUCUUACACAAACAAAACAUGUACCUAGAGAGUCAGGUGAAAACUUUUGAAGGGCAGGUUAACAAAUUAAAAAGAAGCAAGAAGACAAUCCAAGCCAGACAAAGAUUGGCAAAGAAAAACAACCAAGAAUUGAACCCAAUGGAUACGAGCGAGCUUGAAAGAAUCAGCACUGAGCAGUCUGGGCUACAAAAACAACUGGAAGCCCAGCGGAAACUUUUGCGCCAGCAUCAGCAUUUGACACAGGACUACAAAACAAAGCAACAGGAGCAGUUUGGUCGCAUGUGGACAGGUGGUAUGGCUGAGACAACCUUGUCUGGCUCAGCCUUACCCAUUUCCCACCCCCGCACCCCAGGGGGGCAUAACUCAGUCAGACUGAGUCCCACUGCUCGUCAAGAAUAUGAGGCAUACAUGCAGAACCGUAUACGUAUGGCUAAUCAGCAACAGCAGCAGCAAAAUAGGAUGCGUCCUCCGACAACCAUUAUCGGAGACAAUAAUCCAUUUAGUGAAGCUUUCCAGCAACGAGAACAAAUUAAGAGAACCCCAAUGACACCAGGACCUCCUACACCUGUUUCUGCAGCACCAACUGCCAUGCCUCCACCACCUGGUGCCAACUCACAGCCUCUCAGACCACCAUUUAAUCUUAGUGGGGCUAAUGACUCUGUUGCCUCACCAUCUGCUAAUGGCGUUACAGGAAACCUGACUCCCACAACUCCUGGACCAAUUGUCCCUGUGAGCUCUGCACCUCCAGCAGUGUCUACAACACCAGGUGCACCACACACACCAACAGGACUGCCACCUUCACCCAUGAGUCAACCUCAGGCAACUGGACCUUCCUCUACAUCACAUGGACCUCAAGGUCAGCCAAUACCCACACCUUCACCAGGUCCAGGUACUCCAGGACCUAGAGGUCCAGUUGAAGUCAUUGGAGCGUUGCAGUUUUUUAGAGAAAGAAAUGUCCCUUUUGAAGGCAGUGGAGGACCAAGGUUUCCAAGACCUCCAGGCCCAGCAGUUGUUACUGGCUUCUCUGAAGGUGCUACAACUGGACCAAGACUACCUCCAUAUCCUGGAAAUGCAUCAAUCUAUCCCCAAGGUCCUAGCAUGGAAUCUAACCGUAUGCCAUUUCAACAGGGAAUGCCAUUUCAGCAAGCUGGCCCUGUACCACCUAAUUCACCUAUACAAAUAGCUGAUUUAAAUGCUGCUACUCAGACAGUACAGAAAAAGAAAAGGAAAAAGAAAAAGAAAGUGGACGAAAUAGAGGGGACACAGUCCCAACCUUUGCCUCCAUCUUUACCAAAUCAGGGUAUGAUAGGUCAGAUAAGUGGUCAAGUAAUGAACCCUUCAUCUAUGCCUACACCAGCACCACCCAAGCCUGCUGAGUUACCCAGACCUCAAUCUGAGACAGAGAGGCGUAUUUUAGAGAUUCUGACAAAUUCCCAAAAGGAGCUUCAGAAUCCAUCAAGCCCAAGUAGUGCCAGAGGAGGCAAAUCUCCACGAAGUCGAAGUCCUGCUCGAGCACCUCUUAUGCAUACCUCAGAGACAGAUAAAUCUAUGUCGGGACUAACUCCUGGGCUACCUUUGGGUGGUACAACCAGUGCUCAGACUGCUGAAUCUCAUGCUUUGCCUCAGGUCAGUAAUAACCCUGAUGCAUAUACUGCUGAGAAACAGCGCUUGCAAGGAGAUGUGAAAAAUACCACAGUUGUGGCGCAAACAGACUCCCAGAGCUCAACAGUUUCCCAGACACCUAUGCCUGCACAAUCUCUUCCACCUCAUUUGCAAAGGAUGCCUAUGCACCCUCAUGGUGGUCCUCCAAUGUCGUCUGCAUUCCACAAUCAACAACAUAUUCAACAUCUUCAAAACUUAGCCAGAAUGCAACAACAGCAGCAACAAUUUCAACAACAGCAACAGUUCCCUGGCAUUCCUGAAGGCCAAAGACAUUCUAUGGACUCCCAACAGAUACCACCGAUGGGUGUGCCACGAUAUCCACAGUUACAUCCUUACCCUCAAAGGCAAAGGUUUCCUCCUGGAGUGAAUCAAGGUGGUAUGCCAUAUCAAGGGAGACCACCACCACCAUUAAGAUCUGGGCACCCCCAGUAUCCAGUACACAUGCCACAAAGGGUACAACUGGAUCCCAGGAUGCAAGGAGCUGAAGGACAUUUGACACCAACCCAUAAUGUGAUGCAGCAGAGAAUGCCUGGAGCACCAUCAGUUAUGUCUCAUUCAGCAAAUCAAAUGUCUCAAGGUCAACACCUCCAACAGAUAAAUCAGGCUCCUCCACUUAGCCACAUGCCUUCAGCUUCAUCUAUCAGUCAAUACCAAGGAACACAUUUGCCAGGAAUGCCACAGUUGACACCUUCCAUCGGCUCUGUAUCCACAACUUCAACUGCUUCUACCACUUCCAGCGCAGCUCCAGUUAGUACACUUCCCAGUCAAGAAUUACUUCCACAACCAACUAUUCCUCUUGUUAUAAAUACAUUGCAGUCUUCAACUGCAUCUGUAGGCAGCUCUAUAACUUCAAUGGCAUUAUCUUCAUCCUCAUCACCAGCACCAGUCCUUUCAUCCUCAAUACCUUCAGAAACUACCACAUCAUCCCCAUCUCACAUUCCACCUGAGACCAAUAGUCAGACUCAGGCCUCUGUUGCUCAAACAACUUCAGCAGCUACAUCAGUUGUAUCCAUUCCAGCCAGUUCAUUAGAUUCUGCUACAACAUCAGUCGAAAAUGUAGCUCUUGGUGAAAAUGAAAGUAGCAGUGUCAAAAAGUGUGAAGAUGGCAUUCAUUGUGGUACAGAUGAUGAAGAAGAAAGUGCUAGAGUAAAGAGAAAAAAUGUGUGUGAAGAUGGCAUUCACUGUGGGACUGAUGAUGAAGAGGACAUAAAUCAAAGAAAAAAGAAAAAAGUAUGUGAUGAUGGCAUUCAUUGUGGCACAGAUGAUGAAGAUGAAAAUAGUAGUAAUAAGAAAAAAGUAUGUGAUGAUGGCAUUCAUUGUGGCACUGAUGAUGAAGAUGAUAAUAGUAGUAGUAAGAAAAAAGUAUGUUCAGAUGGCAUUCACUGUGGAACAGAUGAUGAAGAUGAUAAUAGCAGUAGUAAGAAAAAAGUAUGUUCAGAUGGCAUUCACUGUGGCACAGAUGAUGAAGAUGAUAAUAGUAGUAAUAAGAAAAAAGUAUGUUCAGAUGGCAUUCAUUGUGGUACUGAUGAUGAAGAUGAUAAUAGAAGAAAUAAGAAAAAAGUUUGUUCAGAUGGCAUUCAUUGUGGUACUGAUGAUGAAGAUGAUAAUAGUAGUAAUAAGAAAAAAGUAUGUGAUGAUGGCAUUCAUUGUGGUACUGAUGAUGAAGAUGAUAAUAGUAGUAAUAAGAAAAAAGUAUGUUCAGAUGGCAUUCACUGUGGAACAGAUGAUGAAGAUGAUAAUAGUAGAAAUAAGAAAAAAGUAUGUGAUGAUGGCAUUCACUGUGGCACAGAUGAUGAAGAUGAUAAUAGUAGUAAUAAGAAAAAAGUAUGUGAUGAUGGCAUUCAUUGUGGCACUGAUGAUGAAGAUGAUAAUAGUAGUAAUAAGAAAAAAGUAUGUUCAGAUGGCAUUCACUGUGGAACAGAUGAUGAAGAUGAUAAUAGUAGAAAUAAGAAAAAAGUAUGUGAUGAUGGCAUUCACUGUGGCACAGAUGAUGAAGAUGAUAAUAGUAGUAAUAAGAAAAAAGUAUGUGAUGAUGGCAUUCAUUGUGGCACUGAUGAUGAAGAUGAUAAUUGUAGUAAUAAGAAAAAUGUAUGUUCAGAUGGCAUUCAUUGUGGCACAGAUGAUGAAGAUGAUAACAGCAGUAAUAAGAAAAAAGUAUGUUCAGAUGGCAUUCAUUGUGGCACUGAUGAUGAAGAUGAUAAUAGUAGUAAUAAGAAAAAAGUAUGUGAUGAUGGCAUUCACUGUGGCACUGAUGAUGAAGAUGAUAAUAGCAGUAAUAAGAAAAAAGUAUGUGUUGAUGGCAUUCAUUGUGGCACAGAUGAUGAAGAUGAUAAUAGCAGUAGUAAGAAAAAAGUAUGUUCAGAUGGCAUUCAUUGUGGCACCGAUGAUGAAGAUGAUAAUAGUAGUAAUAAGAAAAAAGUAUGUUCAGAUGGCAUUCACUGUGGCACUGAUGAUGAAGAUGAUAAUAGUAGUAAUAAGAAAAAAGUAUGUGAUGAUGGCAUUCACUGUGGCACAGAUGAUGAAGAUGAUAAUAGUAGUAAUAAGAAAAAAGUAUGUUCAGAUGGCAUUCACUGUGGCACUGAUGACGAAGAUGAUAAUAGCAGUAAUAAGAAAAAAGUAUGUGUUGAUGGCAUUCAUUGUGGCACAGAUGAUGAAGAUGAUAAUAGCAGUAGUAAGAAAAAAGUAUGUGAUGAUGGCAUUCACUGUGGCACAGAUGAUGAAGAUGAUAAUAGUAAUAAGAAAAAAGUAUGUGAUGAUGGCAUUCACUGUGGCACAGAUGAUGAAGAUGAUAAUAGCAGUAGUAAGAAAAAAGUAUGUGAUGAUGGCAUUCACUGUGGCACAGAUGAUGAAGAUGACAAAAAUGUUCCACCAGUUUUGACACAUAAUUUGGAAAAUUUUAACAAAGAUAAUCCAGACCCAUCAAAAUUAUUGGAUGUCAAACUUUCACACAGUUGUAGUUCACCAUCAUUGGAUCUGAGCUCUGGUGGUAAAAGUGAUUCUUUUGCUGCCAUUCAGGCUUCUAUGUCUAGUCAUCCGUUGACCCCAGAGAAACCAGCAGGAACUGUUGUGGUCACCAUGUUGUCGCCCAUAGACUCUGAGGUGUCCUCCAAACUUGCUGCUGUCUCCCAGUCCCUGGCUAACUUUAAGCCUAGAAUAGACCCAGACGAAUCUGCGGAUGUUUCCAUCAGACCAUCGGACACACUUACAGCACUUACAUUCUCCUCUCUGGCCACUUUGGCUACAACUGUUCCGUCCACUAGUCUAUCUGACCAGCUGUCUAAUCUUUUCACCUCUGGUACGGCUCCUUCUACAAUGACCAACAACAAAAUGGAACAUUAUGAACAAGAUUUAGGCUUAGUUCAUGAAAAGAAGGUUGAAGUAGAUUUAAAUCUAGAAAACUGUUCAGGUGAAGUAAACAAAAAUGAUUUUGAUUUAACUAAAGUUGCGGACAACGAGCCUCUGUAUACCUCAGCAAGCCAGGUGAUUGUAAGCCUUUCAGACACUGUUAGAUCUAAUGCCAAAAAUUCAUCCUCUUCAUCAACUGUGUUAAUAACGCCUGUCUGUAACAGCCUAGAGCAACUCCCUGCACCAAUGUCUGUGACACUCUCAGCUUCAUCCGAGCCAACGACACCAAUAUCUUUACCUUCAAUCUCUUCACCAACUGUUUCAAAAGUAUCAACGUCUUCAUCAUCUCAACUCUUGAAGUCUUCUUCUAGUAACUAUUUAAACAUAGAAACAUCAUCCAACACCAUUAGUCCUUCUAGUGGUUCACGGGGCAAUGAGUCUAGGCCAGUCAUUCCUCCAAUAAGAAUUCGGAUGGAUGGUCAGUCACAACCUCAAGUUUGUGAAAGCACUUCAGUGCCCCGGGAAGGUCAUAGGUCAGAAUUCUCUGCUGUGAGGAACAAAACGGAAGGAGACCUCAAGCUUAUUCUCAGAAAGUCCUCAGAUGGCACUGCUGAACUUAUCUCAGGGCCUUUCAAAGAUAAAAGCAAACGUUCUCGUUCUGACCAAGACAGCAAGUCUUCAACUACAGCAUCUGUUCACAGCCCAUCAUCUGGUUCAACCAUUACAUCUACAGCCACACCAGCUGCUGUUUACAGUGUGAGAACUUUAGACCUGAAUUCUACACCGCCGACAGUGUCCUCACACCAAACCAGUUCCCAGCAUGCAACACCAUCUUCCACAUCAAGCUCAGUGUCCUCACAUCAAACCAAUAUUCAGCAUUCAGUGUCAACCACAGAACCCUUCAGUUCUAAGCCAGGUUCCAAUCUAUUUAAAAAUGUCACCUACACCAAGUCUCCAGAUACAGAUAUUGUGAAGAUCAAUGUAGGUUCCUGUAAAGUGACUGGAGAAGGAACUAAAAAGGUUAUUAGAUCCUAUACAACUGAUGUACAGGCUUUAGAGAGACUUCAGUCUACAAUUGAUGCUGUUGCCUCAGGGGAAUCUUCUUAUGAACCUGACUUUGAUUCUGAACCACCUUCUCGCCCUAGCAGUCAGGAUAGUCGCAGCAACUCUACACCAAGACCAUCUUCCACAUCUUCAGCUUCUGCUGCUGCUGUUUCCACUUCAGCAGAGGUUAUGCCUGCUAGUUCAUCAUCAUCUUCAUACACUUCUUCUACACCUGGAGGUUCUUUUGGGCCAGGAAUGUCUCCACAGCAUUCUCAACAGCUUCCACCAAUAGGCAGAAUGAGCCAGCAGCAGAGACCUCAGGUUUCUCCUCAGCAGCAUGUACAGCAAAGUGGGCACCAGAUUCAGCAUUCUCAACAAAUGCAGCAGCCACACCCUCAACCUGUGCAGCAUUCACAAUCUGGACAACACUCUCAAGCUGCACCGCAUCCUCAGACUAGCCAACUUACUCAACCUGUUCAACAUCCCCAAACAGGGCAACAGUCCCAAGCUGGACAUCCUCAACAGGGGCAACAUCUUCAAACAGGGCAGCAUCCCCAGCAAGGUCAGACACAACAUCCAAGUCAAGCCACACAUCCUAGCCAUCAUGCUCAGUCUGGCCAGCAGCUUCCAUUGCACCACCAGCAGCUAAGUGGAGGCUACAUGUCACAAGCUGGAUUCUCUCAACAUCAGUCUUACCCACCAUCCCGCAUCACACGACCACCUCUAGAUCUCCUCCAUCAAGUCUCACAGUCUGCGCUGUCAUCAGCAGGCACAGCUAUCCCAACAUCCUCCUCUCACCAGUCACAACAAGAGCAGAGGUCACCAUUUAUGAAUGAAAGGUCACCUUCUGCUGAACACAGUCCUCUUCAUACAUCACCUCAUCAACAAUAUACAGACUUUUCUUUUCCAGGACUGAUGGGCCCCAGGCCUAUGGGCUCAUCUCCAGGUUUAUCACCUAAAGCUCCAAGUGUUCAGCCAUCUCAACAACCUUACAUGCCACCACAGCAACAGUUCAGCAUGCAAGGAGGUCGUUUUCCAUCAAGAAUGCAUGAUAUGCCUGCAGCGCCCCCAUAUGGCAUGGCACAACAUCCUAUGUCUCCAACAGGUACAAGUUUGCAUAGACAACAGAGACCACCCCACUUUGGGAUGGUUGGUGAUAUGAAUAGAUUGGCCCGCCCACCCAGGGGAAUGCCACACCCUCAGCACAGACCAAUGCCACCUGAAAUGAUGAGUCCAGAUCAUACAGGCAUGAGACCCAGGAUGGGCUCACACCAGUUCAUGUCUCCAACACACCCUGGUAUGCAGGACAUGCCUCAUUCUCCUCACAGCAUGCAACAGCCACCUCAUGGUAUGCCACAUGCUAUGUCAGGCAUGCAGCAGUCACCUCAUCCAAUGCAGCAGUCAUCUCCUCAUGGAAUGCAGCAGAACUCUUCCCACAAUAUGCAGAGGCCACAGAUGAUGGGCCAGCACCAUGGCAUGAUGCAAGGGGGCCCUCCAUCUCCUUAUCCUCAGACCUCAAUGGGGGUAAGUGGUGGGCCUCUGGCAUCACUAGCUAAUUUCCACCCACCUGGUCAUCCUGGCAUCAACAGCUCAAUGGGUGCCCCCAUGCCAGGUCCUCACCAUCGGCCUCCUCAAAUGUUUAACCAAAUGGGCAACCAGCAUAGAAUGGUGGCUCCUGGAAGUGACAUGCAGUCACACUACAGACAUAUGAUGAUGAGGGGCAUGACACCACCCUCCUCCACACCUCCCUCACAGAUGUCACCUCAUUUGUCACCACAGAUUUCACCUAACAUGACACAGCCCCUGCGACAUUUGGACAAUUUACAAGAUGACAAAAACUUUGUUACAAAUCUUCCUUCUGCAUCUGCAAUGGCAAUGCCUGGACUUGGAAAUGAUCAUGUGAUGAACAUGGGAACAAAUAAGAGGCCAUUUAAUCCAAGUCUGCAUCUCGAGCCUAGUGGAUUCAUGUCCAUACACCAACCUGCACAUCUGAUGGUACCCAAUGAGUCCAUGCUCAUGUCUAGGUCCAGCCUCAGCUCUCCAAUGUCUGAUAGUUGUGUCAAACUGGAACCAAGUGAAGACUCUGCAUCUGCUGAUGGCUCUAUUUCAAAAGAUGACCUGGAUAUGGAAUCAAAGACACCUCACAAUGAACUCUUGAAACAAUUGCUGGGCACGGGACAGAACGGACGUCAGUUGCCUACUCCUGAUAGUGAAGACAGUCUUCCCUCACUGACACCAGAACAACAGAGACAGUUAGAGAUGAUUGACUCCAUGCCACUGUGUAAGGAAACUGAAAUCUCCACCCCAGAGUGGGAAGCUAAGACUCCUGAAGAAAAGGAAAAAAUCAUGGAAAUGAGAAAGCAAGAGUAUGAACAAAAAAGACAAGAAUAUGAAGUGUCUCGUAAAAAUAAACGUAAAACUCUAACUGGCACGCCAGUAACUCCAUCCGAGAAGAAAAAGCGGAAAUCUAAGCUGGUGGUGGAGGAGGGCAUUGAGGUACCAAAGAAAAAGUUAAAGAAGUCAAAGUUAAAGGAGAGUCAAAUAAAAGAAUUAGAAGCCCAGGCUGAGACCUUUCUGCAACAACUGCACAAUAUGCCACCAAUUCAGUUACAAGAGCCAAUUAUUGCUACCACCAUGUCUAUAUUGCCUGUCAAGGGAGCUACUACAUUGUCAGGUAUUUCGUCUCUGAAAGGAAGAUUUUGCAGCGCCUACCUAGAGAACAUUGAAGACAUGUAUGGAAGUCUGCUCUUUCCACAGCCACCACCUGGUCUACGUCCCACAGUUCCUUCAGCUGAGACACUUGCCCAGAGGCAGUUAGCUAAUGAAGCUAAAAUAAGGAUGAUGCAGGACCUAGAUGCCAUGCAGAUGCUUAAAACUAAAGAAGGUAUUCAGACACCCAGACCAGGUCCACGUAACAGUCCAAGAUUGAUAUUACCACCUCAGCCACGCAUUGAGAUCAAAUCAGAGCAAAUGAGAGAAAGGAAAGAGGAAAGAGAAACUCCAGACACCAUUGUGUCUUCCUCAUCUCCUGAGUUUGGAUUCAAUGAACAAGAAGCAGACUACCCAGGACUUCGUCCCAUUCAUCCUGCGACCAGUAAUGAUAUUAAAUUGGAGGACACAACAUCCCCUGUAGUGCCACUCAUUCAUCCACUCCCUUUCAAACCAGCCAUAUCUCUGAAAGAUCCUCCUAGCAUGGAUGUUUCAAUAAAACAUGAGUUUGGCUUGAUGAAACAUGACAGCCCUGAGUUUGAUAUAGGAUUAGCUGGACCAUCUGCUAGUAUGGAACAGCCUUGUCGUGAUUUGACUGUCAACCUGCCCAAUUUGACAUCAGGUCUUGCCCAGCCUUUCUUAGAUCCAGCACUAGAUCAACAGGUAUCUGUGACUUUGACUCUGUCCACUGGAGCUGCUCAGGAUAUAGGAGCUGUCAUUUCAGCCAUCGCUGACCUUUUGAAAAUAGCUGUCCCUCCAACGUAUGAAAUAACCAGAAGUCCAUCACCUGAAAUGUUUAGAAUGUCACUCACACAUAAAGAGGAGGCUGUCAAUAUUCACACACUCAUGUCAACUCGCCCAAGAUUCUGUCAACACUGUGAUGUCUUUGUACUGUGUUCUGGCAUCGCAAAAUAUAAAAGAGAAUUUCCAAUACUAUUAGAACAGGAUGCUGACUGUGGUGAUGAUGAGAUGAUCUUUUGCUCAAUGAAUUGCUCCAUGCAAUUUUCUGCAGCCCUGGAAGCCCGCCAGCGACAGGCUCAACUGCGUAUUAAAGACGAAUCUGGUCCUUCCACCUCACAGAGCCCUCCCCCAUGUGGAGUGAAGUUGGAGAUAUCAUCAGGGGCAUUAACUCCAAACAGUGCUACAGUGUCUUCUAAUGUGGAUGAAGUUAUAGCAGCUGUUGCUGCGGACACAUCACUGUCACCUGACACUCCUGGUGACAUGUCAGUCAGUCCGGGCACUCCAUCCACAACACCUACAUCUCCAUUUUCUGCCAUCAGUCCGUACAAAGCUGGCAAGAGACACAGACGUUCAAGCAGUCAGAUCUCAGAUUCGACUUAUUCAAAGCCACUAAUAAAAAAAUGGAGAGGAUUGCGUUGGAAAAGAGGUAAUCAAGAGCUAUUGGACAGUAUCAUGAAGCUUCCUUCCACUCCAGUUCAUGAGUUGGACAAACUUUGGCAGUCACUUGGAAUGAUUCACAGACCUAAGCCAGACAUACUGGACACAAGGAAAUGUUUGUUCUGUCAAAAUGUCGGAGAUGGAGAUAGUGAUGGGCCUAGCAGACUUCUGAAUGUUGACAUCAACAAGUGGGUUCACUUGAACUGUGCCUUGUGGUCCUAUGAAGUCUAUGAGACACUAAAUGGUGCCCUUAUGAAUGUAGACAUGGCUCUGCAGAGGAGUAGCACCAGAGAAUGUGCAUCUUGUCACAAGAUGGGGGCCACACUUCCUUGUUUCAGAAAUAGAUGUACCAAUGCUUACCACUUGCCUUGUGCCAGACAGAAAGGUUGCAUGUUUUAUGGUGAUAAGACCAUGUUGUGUGCAAGUCACAUUCCUAAAAAUCUACUUGGCAAUGAGAUGACUACAUUGGUUGUGAGAAGAAGAGUUUACAUCAACAGGGAUGAAGACAAACAAGUGGCCAGCAUGUUCCACCAAGAAGAUGGUCACUGUUGUCUACGUAUUGGUUCACUCAUCCUACACAGUAUUGGUCAACUGUUGCCUCAUCAGAUCUUGUGUGGAAAGUUCAACACUAAAGAAUAUAUUUAUCCAGUUGGAUUUAAAACAAGUCGUUUCUACUGGAGCUACUAUUCCCUGUAUCAGCGUUGUCGUUACAUCUGUAGCAUCCAUGACAAUGAUGGAGAACCAGAGUUCAGGAUACAGGUUGUGGACAGCAAUCAUGAUGAGCUAGUCUUUAAGGAUAACAGUCCAGCAGCUGUUUGGAUGCACAUUUUGAAACCUCUGGAACGUAUGAGAAGAGAAGCAGAUCUGGUGAAAAUGUUUCCUUCUUUUAAAGCAGCAGAAGAUCUCUUUGGCUUGACUGAUCCAAAUAUUGUGAAAGUCUUGGAGUCUCUUCCUGGUACAGACCUACUUCAAAGCUACAACUUCAAGUAUGGUCGCUCUCCUUUGAUAGAGAUGCCUCCUGCUAUCAAUCCAACUGGCUGUGCACGUACAGAACCAAAACUUAGAACUCAUUUCAGAAGGCCUCACACUCUGCAGUCUACUAACUCACGUUCCUUGCCCUCAACUGUGACUGGUGUGAGCGGUGAUAUCAAUUCCCCAUAUAUGAAACAAUUUGUUCACUCCAAGUCACAGCAGUACAGAAGACUUAAGACAGAUUGGAAGUCAUUGGUUUACUUGGGCAGGUCCAGGAUACAGGGUCUUGGUUUAUAUGCUGCUCGUGACUUAGAGAAACACACCAUGGUAAUUGAAUAUAUUGGCGAUCUCAUACGCAAUGAAGUAGCCAACAGAAGGGAGAAGGAAUAUGAAUCUCAAAACCGAGGGGUGUACAUGUUCCGUAUUGACAAUGAUGUGGUGAUUGAUGCUACAAUGGCUGGCGGGCCAGCUCGAUAUAUCAACCAUUCUUGUAAUCCAAACUGUGUGGCUGAGGUUGUAGACAUAGAAAAGGAAAGUAAGAUAAUUAUCAUCACUAGCAGGAAAAUUGUCAAAGGAGAAGAGCUGACCUAUGACUACAAGUUUGACUUUGAAGAUGACCAACACAAGAUUCCUUGCAUGUGUGGUGCUGUAAACUGUCGCAAGUGGAUGAACUAAACCUGGACAAAAGUCUGCGGUGAUAAACACAAAGAAGGGGGACAUAGCCCCUGUUUAACUGUGAUAACUCUUCCACUGUGAAAGGUAUUAUUGCUGCAGGCCAUGCCCAGACAGAUCCUCAGGGAAACAGGGAGCCAUCUGUCUGUGAUAGUCAUUCAUCACUGUGAACGAAGUCAUUCAGCUGUGAAAUACUUGAUAGACAAAUAAAUCAUAGAAUGUUCUAACAGUUACAAAUAAAACUUUUUAUUAGUAUGAACCAAUCAUUACUGUAAAGGAUUGUUUAUCAUUUGUGAAUAUCGAGAUAGCCAAUUUUAAAGAAAGGCUUAUUUACUAAACAUGGAUUUAUCAUUUUGUAUAUGUUGUUUUUCAUAUCUCCUGUCAUUUACCUCACUAAAAGAAGAAGUUGCUUAGAAUCAAGUGAACUCUUUAUGUCUUUACUUGAUAUUGAACAUAGGUUUGUACAUACAAUUUAAUAUAAACAUUGCUGAGACAAUCUGUGUUAUCAAUUAGGACAAGUCUGUGUUAUACAUAGAUAUGGAUGUACUCCUACUCCUCUACUUGUAUAUAUAUCUUUAUAUCAAUCUAUAUGCAUGCACCAGACAUUUUGGCUAGUUUCAUGACUUGAUGAACAUAACAUCAGCUUACCAAGAAAUAUGCAGUGUAGUUACUCCUGCUGUUUAUUUUUAGUUUGAGAGAGUAUCUGUUACGAGUGCAAUCAAUUCAUCUGUCAACACUUUAUGGAAUAGUUCAAGUCAAACAAAAAUAAUUUUAGAAUUAUACAUUUCACUUUCCCAGUAAUUUUGUUGUUUGAAGUUGUACAUUUGAAACAAAAUGCUGUCACAAAUUAUGCAAUUUAUUUAAAAAUGUAAUCAUUUAAAAUGAUUUGUAAUAUAAAUGUGUUGUUUUUUUUACAUUUAUUUCUUAUGUAAAUAUUUCACCAUGUCUGUAAAGUGAUGGGCAAGAUGUCAGGACCUAUACCACAGGAUGCUUUACAAACUAGGUACUGACUGACUGAACUUUGUUCAUACCCAGCCUAGGUCUUAGUAUUGUGAGCUGGUAUUAUUUAACACUGGCAUUCUUGGUUGACUACUUGUGUUAUGUAACUAGCAUGUUGCUCUCUUCAUAUAUUCUGGUAGAUAUAGCUGUAUAGGUUAGAUGGGCUAAUUGUAAAAUUCAUACUUAGUUUUAUGUCUUCAUGUUAGAUUGGCCUACUAGUCUGCUUGCUGGAACUAGAGCCUCAUCACAUUGUCAAUUGUAUGCAACUUUUUUGUUUUGUUUUUCUUGAAUGAAUUACUGAGCUAUUCUGAACUAAUCAGUGAUGUUCAUUGCAAGACCAACUAUUUAUUUAUAUAAGCUUUGAUUUAUUGUCCCUACUAUUGUUCUACAUAGCCCUGUACAUAAAGGACCCUUCAGUUCUCAUGAAGUCAUUUCCAAUAUGCACUGACACCUAGAUGUUGUCUUGAGUUUGACAUUGGUUUCUCAUUCAUGUCCUCUCUAUCUCAAUGUCAAAUCUUUAUACAAAUUGUAAUUAUACACAUGUUUACUGUACAGAUUUUAAACACUUUUUUUUUAAAUUCUAUAUAUUCUGAUUGAAUUCUUUAUUUCCUGAUCUUUGAAAUGAUCUGUAAACUAUUUCAUUGUAGCACAAUGUUUUGUUUCCUUUGACCUACUGCCAUUGUUGAUAAGUAAGCAGUAAUCAUUGAAUGAAUUGGUCAACCAAUAAGCAAUAAUGUGAAGCAUUAUGUCCAUGUCCUUGUUUUAGAGCAGAAGAUGGUUUACAUGUCUACAUGCUGGCCAGUUGUUUUCCAAUACAAAUUAAAAUUAGUUCCAUUUUUUGUUUCCCUUAGAUCAUAAAACGUGGUCUCAAUCAUUUCAUCAACAAUCAACUCUCAUUACUAUUGAAUCUUUGACUACAAUUGCAAAGGGAAGCAUUGUUUAAUAUUUCAAGUUAAUUUUUGUUCUCCAAUGAUUGAUUUAUAUUGAUGACAUUAAUGUAAGUGUCAAUUUGUCCAACUUGUUUAUCUAAACUUUCAAGGUGAUGGAUUGAGAACCUUUGAACAAGUGGAAGAAAGAGGAGAUGAAGCAUCUAGCACUUCAAUGCUAGGAGAGCUAGUUUGACUCUUAUUAGUGUGCAGAGCACUAAUCUUUUGACCAUCAUGACUAUUUUAUAUUAUGUGAUUGUAAGGAUUCAAAAGGAGAAACCUAUUUGCCUGUAAAGGAGCAGGUGUUUUCUUUCCCUAUUUACCUGUAAAGGAGCAGGUGUUUUCUUUCCCUAUUUACCUGUAAAGGAGCAGGUCUCCCCCCAGUUCUCUCCAACAUUUAGAUUUUGGUUUUCAAACAGAUGUCUGUCUUUUCUGUUUGUGUUUGCGUGUGUAUUUCCAAACUGGUUCCCACCAGUCUCUCUGGAAACUGCCCUUCAGACUCCUAUGCUGCAGCAAUAAGUACCAUGUGUAAAUAUAUAGUUUCUAAUAUAUCUACAUCCUACUCCAUCAUAAAUACUGUACUACAAACUCAAACAUUUGGACAUUUUAUUUUACAUAAUAAAUUUAUCACAUGUUGUCAUUUUGUCAUUCUUGAAUUUUUAUCAGAAUAAAAUUUAUCAUUUUCUCA